UAUUCACCAAUGGCACCCACGGUCCAGGCCCCUCUAUUGUCGUUCAUAUCAGACCAGUCGCUGGCUCUGUUGCUGCCCGUGAUCGUCUACUGGGUUUACUCCCUGCUCUUCCACUGGAUCUCACUUCAAGAGUUCGCCUGGUUCGAAAAGUAUCGCAUCCACGACAAAGAGGAAGAGACCCGAAACAGAGUCUCACUACCCGAUGUCAUCAAAGCCGUCAUCGUCCAGCAGGUCUUGCAGACCGCUCUUGGCUUCAUUGUUGUCGUUGCAGACGAUUCAGAAAUGAUCUUUGAUGACGAGCUCAGCCUGGCAAAAUACCAGAUGUGGAUCAGCUACGCCCUUUCACUCGCAGGACUCCAGCCGUAUGUCUCCCAGGCAGCGGUUGCAAACAUGGCAUAUGUGGGCUACUACUAUCUUGAGUCGAUGGUCCGCUUCUUUGUCGCCAUGUCGUUCUUGGACACGUGGCAAUACUUCCUCCACCGUCUCUUCCACAACGUGCCAUAUCUCUACAAGCAUUUCCACUCGCGUCACCAUCGCCUCUACGUGACCUACUCAUUUGGCGCGCUCUACAACCAUCCCUUUGAAGGUUUCCUGAUGGACAGUGUCGGUGCCAGCUUGGCCUUCCUGUUCAGCGGUAUGGGCAACCGCGGUGCUCUUGCUUUCUUCUCCUUCUCGACCCUGAAGACUGUGGACGAUCACUGCGGAUACAACCUGCCCUUCAACCCUCUGCAGCGCCUCUUCUGGAACAAUGCUGACUACCAUGAUAUUCACCAUCAGAACUUUGGUAUCAAGAGCAACUUCUCGCAGCCCUUUGGCACUAUCUGGGACCACCUCUUGGGCACUCACAUGUCGCGCGAGGAGGCCAAC